AUGUCGCUGAGUCGAGUUCAGACCAAUGGAGCGUCUCCAGGCCAGUUUAACAUCGCUGAUUCAGAUUCUUUGGGCGGCGAAAGCCGAUCUACUGUCAAUUUAAAGCGUACUAGUUCCGCGAUGACUGGUUCUGAUAAUGUGACACUUGGUGAAAAUGAUGUCAAAAGACAGGAUUUUAGCAACCAAAGGAUUGAUUUAGAGUGCAUGGUGUCGGAUAUGAGCUCUAUGCUGGGUAAAGAUCACUGGAAUAAAUACGCGCAGGUGAUUAGCCUGUUUAUUCUGGGAAAAUUAUCCAGGAAGGAGCUUUGCAACGAAUUAGAUCUUUUAUUCGCAUCCAGUGCCGCAAAUGGUACUGUUCACAGCAAGCCGGCGCUCGUACGACUGCAUAACCAGCUGCUUCUGGGGAUCUUCACAAACUCGCUCAAGGAUUCGCCGCUAAUGGGCAAUUUGGCGGACGGUACGUGGGGUUUUGGAAAUGGUGGUUCCCUGGGCAGCAAAUUGAAAAGAGCGAAUAGACAUAACUCGCAAAUUGAGAAUUACAAGAAGAUAGUCAUGUCGUUACCAUCUGACGAUAGGCAACGACUGAAAGAUAUUACGAAAGAAGCAGGUAAGAGAGGUUUCGUCCUGUCAUCUGUGCUUCAGGCACGACUAAAUAUGAUACCGAAGAUACCGAUUGUCAUCAAUCCUGAAACUUUAAAAAGAGUAAAGGCAAACAACUUAAAAACACCGCUGGAAUGGUCUCAAGAUAUUAUGAAUGGCUUUAAUGCACCGCUUGCAACAGACAGUUUUGCACUGCCUGAUACAGAAUCACUAUUUCUGCGCAUGGUCGGGAUUGCGCGAGAACAUGGCCUAGUUGGGGCCGUCGAUACGGGAUGCGUUGAGCUUUUACUGCUUGCCCUGGAUAAUUAUCUGAAGAACAUUAUAGAAUCAGCCAUUAACACGGUCCGGUACCGUAGGAAAAAGUAUUCAGAGUAUUAUGACAUUAAGGACAAUGGAAUGUAUGAGCCCGUUGCCAAGGAUGAAGAGGUAGAUCCGGCUGACCAAGCAAACACCAAGACUAUUCGCCUCACUAACGAAGAUCUUUACGAGUGUUUCACAAUUUUUCCUAAUCUAGUUGAACCGACCGGAGCGUUUUACAGCUUGCCCAACGUCAAUUUGGUCAAUGACGAUGAGCUAGUGGUUAGAAAAAGCAGCAUUGACGACUUGCCGGACUUUUCAGAAGGUAAGCCAAACUUCACUCCGGUUGACGAGCGAAAUAUAGGUACACGGGAAGAACUUAACUGGUUGAUAAAGGAUAUACUUACAGAAGAGUAA